GCCUAACAAAAAAUUCGAUAAUCAUUUUGGGUAUAAAAAAUAGGAAAUAAAUUAAUUAUAAAUUAUGGGAAUAUGCCGAUGCAGCUUCAUCGGCAGUUUAAAUUUGGCCGCGUGCCAUUAGCGCUGACGCGUCGCCAUCUGCAGCAGCAUCAAACGCAGCUGCAGGCAACUGCCUGCAAGGAGCCGCGCAUGAAUCUCAAGCUGGUGGAGCUAGUGCGUCGGGUUUAUACGAACAAAAGGGCGGGCGGUGAGCGGCAGCGUUGGGCGCUGCACUUGGAUAUACAGCGCAACGAGGACGCAGUGCAGCAGUUGUCGCUGCCCAUGCUGCUCUAUUGGUACAGCCCCUGGCAGGUGCUGAGCACCAAGCUGAACAUGCUGCGGUUGAAGCUCUACUGGGACUGGCAGUUCCAAGAGGCGCAAUUCAUUGAGAAAUCCAAGGAAGCCGUCGCCUUCAUGACUCGCGCCAUCAAUGAGUCGCACAUUGGCUUCAUGCGUCGCGGCACGACGCGCGUGGGCUACACGCAGAUCAAGAGAGAUUUGCGUGAGGAUAACAUUAUCAAUGGCUGGCCCAUGGACCUGCUGCGCUUCGAGCGGCGGCACAUACGUCGCGCUAUUCCGCUCAAGCUGCAAAUGCUGACGCACUACAACCACAAGUUCGCCUUUGUCGAUGUCAUCUACCAGGCCUGUCGCCGCACCAAUGACUUUAAAACUACGCGCGAAAUACGCAACCAGCUGAACACCGUCGAGCAUUAUGCGGAUCCUCAUCGCUUUCUGGUGCCGCAUCCCAUUAUCUUUGCCGAGAUCUUUGUGCGCUUUCGACGCGACUAUGCUGUAGAGCCGACGGAGCAGAGCUCUGGAUGCUCCAGCUGCUCUGGCCACUGGCUGGUGUCCACCUAUAAGGUGCUGGAAAUGGAUGUGCUCAACUUUCAUCCCGAGUUCCAGGUGCGCAACGAGAGCAAUCGGCUGCAAUCCCUAACCCAAAACGCUGUUUAAAUUCACACACAUUAAAAAAAUAAAGUAAUAAAUUUGUUUCGCUGCUGCGUUCACCUUGAGCGCAAGCUGGCGUAAGUCCUUGUUGCCUGCCAGCUAAGGCAUCCAUAAUCCGCA